AUGCCACCCAUUAAAGGAGCUUCCACAGAUGACACAAAGCAACUUCCAACUGGAAUAGAAACAUCAUUUGACACUUCACUUUCAACACAAGAGGCAUCUUGUUGUGUUGGCUCCAAUGGAGCCAGCACAAUUUUAUGCUGUCUGAUCCAACAUGCAGCAGUCACCAGCAGUGAAUGUUCCACUUGGGGUAACUUCCAUUUUCAAACAUUUGACCACAUGAAAUUUAACUUUCCUGGACUUUGCUACUAUGUUUUUGCCUCCCACUGCAAAGAUGACCACCAGGACUUCAAUAUUCAGAUCAUGAGGAGCAUCAAGAAUGGAACAGUCAUCUACUUCACUGCCACUAUUGAUGGUGUGCGUCUGGAGCUGAAAGAAUCAAGUAUCACUGUAGAUGGGAAUGCAAUUUCUCUACCUUUCAGCCUGAAGAGCGUUGUAAUAGAAGAUAUUUACCCUUACAUCCAAAUCUUCUCUACACUAGGCCUGACUCUCAAGUGGAAUUGGGGUGACACUCUCCUAUUGAAUUUAGAAGAUACGUACAAGGGAAAGACUUGUGGUUUGUGUGGAAACUAUGAUGGCACUGAAAAGAAUGAUCUGAUUAUUCAUGGUUAUAAGCUUUCCCCAUGGCAGUUUGGAAAUCUUCAAAAAGUAGAGGAUCCAACAAUGAAGUGCCCUAAUAUUCUUGGAAACAAGGGAAAGCAAAGAGACAACUCCUACCAGCAAGAUAAAUGCAAAAGUAGAUAUAAAUCUAGGUGCAAAAGGGCUUUGUCUCGUUUUGGGAAUUGUGCUAAAGUGAUUUCUCUUGAGGACUACUUAUCCCUCUGCAUUGAGGACAUGUGUGACUGCUCUCAGAAAUCUUCUCAUUCUGACCUGGUUGCAAGUUGUGUGUGCAGUACUCUCAGCCAAUACUCCCGAGAUUGUGUCCUUCAAGGUGGAAACCCAGGAAAAUGGAGAUCCAAAGAACUUUGCUACCAAAAAUGUCCACACAACCUGGAAUAUAUGGAAUGUGGAAACCCAUGUGUUGAUACUUGUUUCAACCCAGAAAGGAGCAAAAUAUGUAGAGCCCAAUGUACUGAUGGGUGCUUUUGUCCUAAAGGGACAAUUCUCGAUGACAUCCGUGACAAAAAAUGCAUUCCUGCUGCCAACUGUCCAUGCACCUACCAAGGCAAAAUCUAUACCACUGGAGACACCUAUUCUCUUCCCUGCCAGAACUGUACCUGCAUUGAUGGCAAAUGGUCUUGCUUAUCCCUGCCUUGUUCUGGACACUGUAAAAUAGAAGGAGGAUUUCAUAUAACUACCUUUGACAAGAAGCAAUUCAUUUUCCAUGGCAACUGUCACUAUGUCUUAGCUAAGGAUACUGAUGGAUCUUUUGUGAUCAUUGGAGAAAUAGUUCAGUGUGGCCUUUCAAAUACUAUGACAUGCCUGAAAAAUGUCUUAAUUACUGUAGGAGCCAUUAAUAUAAGAAUCUGUUCCUGUGGAGAUGUCUAUGUCAAUAAUGUCAUUGCAACAUUACCUGUAACUAAAGAUGGUGUCAUUCUCUUCAGACCAUCCACAUUCUAUGUCAGCAUUCUGACUUCUUCACGAGUACAAACUCAAGUACAGCUGAAACCCAUUAUGCAGCUCUUCAUAACAGUAGAUGAAACUUACCAAAAUCGAUGUUCUGGUCUUUGUGGGAAUUUCAACAACAUACAAGCUGAUGAUUUUCAAACCAUCACUGGGAUUAUAGAAGACUCUGCAUCUGCAUUUGGAAACUCAUGGAAAAUCAUGGCCAACUGUGCUGAUGUUCAAGAUAGCUCUGAAGAUCCAUGUUGGAAAAGUGUAGGCAAAGAAAAAUUUGGGCAGAAGUGGUGUGCAGUUCUAUUGAACACAAAUGGAGUGUUCGCUGAAUGUCAUUCUGUUAGUGAUCCUACCCCUUAUGCUAAGAACUGUGCUUAUGACACUUGCAAUGCUGGAAACAGUAAAGAAGUGUUGUGCAGUGUCUUCUCAGCCUAUGCCAGAGAUUGUGCUUCAAGAGGAAUACAUCUGAAGGGUUGGAGAAAUGACAUCUGUGAUGUGUCCACGGAGUGCCCUAGAACAAUGGAGUACAGCUACGAAGUGAAGUUCUGUAACAGGUCGUGUCAUUCACUGAGGGAGCCUGACCUACUGUGUAAUGUUCACAUUGUCCCUGUGGAAGGCUGUGGCUGCCCAGACGGGACCUACCUUAUGAAUGAGAAUGAAUGUGUCUCUCCAGAGGACUGUCCGUGUUAUUAUAAAGGCCAGAUGAUCCAGCCUGGAAAUUUGCUCCAAAAGGAUGGACUCAUGUGCAAAUGCAUUCAAGGACAAUUGGAUUGCACUGGAAAGGCAGAAAACAGGAAAGAAUGUCCAUUUCCAAUGUACUACUUUGACUGUGACUCUGCUGGCUCGGGUGCAUCUGGAUCAGAAUGUCAGAAAAGUUGCAAAACGCAAGACAUGCAGUGUUAUGCUACAGAAUGUGUCUCUGGAUGUGUGUGCCCUAAUGGAUUCUUGACCAAUGGAAAUGGUAGCUGUAUUGAAGAGGAUCAAUGCCCUUGCAUCCAUGGAGGAAAUUAUUACAGUUCUGGGACAUACAUUACAGUUAACUGUAAUACAUGCAUGUGCCAGAAGAGACAGUGGAAUUGUACAAACUACCCCUGCCAAGGAAUAUGCACUAUGUAUGGGAAUGGACACUACAGCAAUUUUGAUGGAACAAAAUUUGAUUUUAUGGGAGACUGUGAUUAUAUCCUAGCUCAGGACUUCUGUCCCAAUAAUUUGCAGCCAGGCACUUUUCAAAUUAUAGUGCAAAAUACUGCAUGUGGUAAAUCCCUCUCAGUGUGUUCUCUGAAAAUUACCAUCUUCUUAGAGGGCAGUGAAAUCAGGCUUCUGGAAGAGAAAAUUAAGGAGAUAACCAGUAAACCAGAUACUCAAAAAGGCUAUAAAAUUUAUCUUAUGGGGAUUUAUAUCAUAAUUGAAACUUCCAAUGGAAUGACCUUCAUUUGGGAUCAAAAAACAACUCUGAAUGUGCAAGUGGCUCCUUCUUUUCAGGGCAGAGUUUGUGGCCUUUGUGGCAAUUUUGACAACAGUACCAACAAUGAUUUUACCACGAGAGGGCAGUCUGUGGAAAUGGAUGCACAAACAUUUGGAAAUAGCUGGAAAGUGACUUCCAGCUGUUCAGAUAUGAACAAGAGAGAUCUCUGUGGGAAACAGUCUUCCAAGCUUGCACUGGGGAGAAAGUAUUGUAGUAUCAUCAAAAGUGAAACUUUUGGAGCUUGCCAUAGUAAGAUCGACCCAACACCUUAUUAUGAAACCUGUGUGUCAGAUUUCUGUGGCUGUGACAAUGUGCCAAACUGUGAAUGUUUUUGUACUGCUGUAGCUGCUUAUUCCAAAAGUUGUGGUAGAGCUGGCAUCUGUAUUGAUUGGCGGAGUCCUAGAAAUUGUCCCAUGUUUUGUGAUUACUACAAUCCACCAAACAAAAAAGAGUGGCACUAUAAACCCUGUGGAGAACCUUGUUUAAAGACUUGCAAGAAUCCUGCAGGGAAAUGUGACUAUCUACUCUACAGUUUGGAAGGUUGUUACCCAGAAUGCAGUGCUGAAAAACCAUAUUAUGAUGAGGAAAAAAGAGAAUGUGUUUCAAUGCUUGAGUGCAUCUCAUGUGAUCCAAAAGAAAUACUCUGCUUGAACAAAUCAAAUGGCAGCAGCCAGUUUCUGACAAGGGAUGCUUCAGGCUGGUGUAUUUAUGCCUUUUGUAAUGCAACCUGCCAGACUGAAUUCAACUUUGGAGAAUGUAUCUUAUUCUCUACCACAACGGUUCCAAGCAUGCUGCCCAUAAUCCCCAGCAGACCUUGUAAGGGGAAUAUAGAGAAGUGUAAGAAACAACCUCCUCCUUACUCUGCAGGUAAUAUUGUUCCUACAUUUACUCCUGGGAGCGAGUGCACCGACCUUCACCCUUCUAGAAAGUUUCAAGAAAUAUGGACAUAUGGAAGAUGCCAUGUUGCCACUUGCUUAGGUGGCAAAAACAUUAAAGUAUCUGAUGUGCAAUGUCCACCCCCAAAGUUAAAACUCUGUGUCAAUGGAUUGCCUCUUGUAAAAAGUCGAGAUGCAUCUGGCUGUUGUGGGAAUUCUGAGUGUCAGUGUGCUUGUAGUGGUUGGGGAAAUCAGCACUAUUUAACAUUUGAUGGAUCCUAUUAUAAUUUUCGUGGCAAUUGCACCUAUCUCCUGAUGAAGCCAUUGAGACCUGGCUCUCAAAAUUUCUGGAUUCAACUGGACAAUCAUUAUUGUGCAGCCUCAGAAAGAGCUGUUUGCUCCAUGACGCUCUUCAUCUUUUACAACCACUCUAUCAUCAUUUUGACACGGGGAGUUGAAAAUGGAAAAGAAGACAACUUGGUACUAUAUAACAAUAAAGAAAUCAGUCCAGGUUUUUCCAAUGAUGCCUUUGAAAUUACUAUUUCCAGUCAGUAUGUGGUGGUUAAAAUUCCUGAAAUCGGACUCUACAUUUCUUACACUCAUCUUGCUUUUUAUAUAAACCUGCCUUUUAGCACUUUUUAUAACAACACUGAAGGACAAUGUGGCACAUGUAACAACAAAAAGUCAGAUGAUGCAAUGCAAAGGAAUGGCAAGAUCGCAGAUUCUUUUACAGAGAUGGCAAAUGAUUGGAAAGUAAUGGAUCUUGUGACUAGACAUUGUGAUUCUGGUCAACACCUCCAACCAUCCCAAGCUGAAAUGGCUGCUUGUACAGGUCCUCCUUUAUGUAAACUUAUCUGGAACUUAAUAGAAUGUCACAAUGUUGUGCCCCCACGGCCUUACUAUGAUGCCUGUGUUAUUGAUGGAUGCUCCUCAGCAAAGCAGAACACUGAAUGUGGAAGUCUCCAGGCUUAUGCAGCCAUGUGUGGCUUCCAUGGAAUUUGUGUAGACUGGAGAAGUAAAACCAGCAGGAAGUGUGGUGAGCUGUUUUGCUUCCCAAAUCGCCCAGGAGAGACCUGGGAAAAAGAUUGUCAAGUCUGCACCUGCAGCAAGGAGACACUGGAUAUUUCUUGUACAUCCCAUAUAUGUGCCAGGUUUCCACCAAUCACUUGCACCACAGAAGGAUUUGUCCCUAUAGUGAGGAUACAGUCAGAAGACCCUUGCUGUACAGAGACAGUGUGUGAAUGUGAUAUAAACUCUUGUUCUCCAAUCAAACCGAAAUGCAACCCAGGUUUCCAGAUUGCAACAGUCACUUUUCAAGAUGCAUGCUGUCCCAUUUAUUUCUGUAGACCAAAAAAUGUUUGUGUUUACCAAGGAAUUGAGUAUCAGCCUGGAUUCUUGGUACCUUCUGAUUCUUGUGAAGAAUGUAUCUGCACUGAAACACAGGAUCCUAAGACCAAAACCAACCAAAUUAAAUGCCUACCAAUGAAGUGCUCUACUGAAUGUCAAAAGGGUUUCCAUUAUAUCCAGGAAGAAGGAAAAUGUUGUGGUGAAUGUGUGCAGACAGAAUGUGUGGCAGAACUUUCAUCUGGAACAGUGAGCAUUGGGGUUGGGCAGAGCUACAAGGAUCCACAUGAUAACUGUACGCAGUAUCUAUGCACCAGGCUAUCAGAUCAGUUUAUCCUGAGUAGCACAGUAGAAGCUUGCCAAAUAUUAGAUCAGUCAAACUGUGUUCCAAAGCAAUACAUCUAUUAUGAUCGGUGUAAAUCAAUCACUCCUAUCAUGAUACCUUCUUGUGAAGGAUUCUGUGACACAUAUUCUGUGUAUUCCUUUGUCACUCACAAAAUGAAGCACAGAUGCACAUGUUGCCAAGCUACAAAAUACCAUGAAGUGAGAGUAGUGCUGAUUUGCAGUAAAAAGAAGAGAAUGAAAUACACCUACCUUCAUAUAGAUGAGUGUGGUUGUGUGGAGACUAAAUGCCCGGCAUAAAACAAUGAACCCAAAAUAUUGAUAACAUGUACUGUGAGCAGUUGCUGUAUGUUCCCUUAUAUAUCUUCACUGUAGUAUUUUCAUUCUAUAAUGUCAAUUGUUCAGAGUUUUGCUAUGCUUUAAUACUGUGAUUGCUUCAUUUAUUCUUAUUGUUAUAGUAAAUUGAACAAUUAAUAACA